GUGCGUCUCACCGGCUCACGUUCCGAUUUGCAAAGCCACAAACGCUAAUUACGCAAGUGGGACAAUAAAUAACGUAAAAUAAAGCAAAUGCAAGGAAACAGAGGACCCCGUUCAGAGCAGCAAAAUCACGGCCCACAGCGACAGCAGCCCAACCCCCAACAGGAGCAGCAGAGGAAGCCCACUGGAGCCGACAGCAAUGGACAACACACCGAUGCUGGAGAGCAGAGCAGCCCUAAUGCUGGUUUCACUAUAGACCUGCAGAACUUCAAGAAGCCUGGUGAGAAGACCUACACGCAGAGAAGCCGGCUGUUUGUGGGCAACCUACCUGCCGGAACCACAGAGGAAGAUGUGGAGAAGCUUUUCUCCAAGUAUGGCAAGGCUUCGGAGAUUUUUAUCAACAAGGAUCGAGGCUUUGGCUUCAUCAGGCUGGAAACGAAGACGCUUGCGGACAUCGCAAAAGCUGAACUGGAUGACACCAUAUUCCGAGGACGGCAGAUUCGUGUGCGAUUUGCCACCCAUGGUGCUGCGCUGACGGUUAAAAACCUGCCUCAGUUUGUGUCCAAUGAGCUUCUGGAGGAGGCCUUCUCCAUGUUUGGUCCCAUCGAACGUGCCAUAGUCAUUGUUGAUGACCGUGGCAGGCCAACUGGGAAGGGAAUUGUGGAGUUUGCUAACAAGCCAUCUGCCAGGAAAGCUCUGGACCGGUGCGGAGAUGGAGCUUUUCUUCUUACUGCAUUCCCCCGGCCUGUUACCAUUGAGCCAAUGGAGCAGCUUGAUGAGGAAGAGGGGCUUCCUGAGAGACUCAUUAACAAAAACCCAGUAUAUCACAAAGAGCGUGAGCAGCCUCCCCGCUUCGCCCAACCAGGCUCAUUUGAGUACGAGUAUGCAAUGCGCUGGAAGGCCUUAAUGGAAAUGGAAAAGCAGCAGUACGAACAGGUCGACCGAAACAUAAAAGAGGCUAAAGAGAAGCUGGAGACUGAACUGGAAGCUGCACGGCAUGAACACCAAGUCAUGCUAAUGCGACAAGAUCUCCUGCGCAGACAGGAAGAGUUGAGGAGAAUGGAGGAGGCUCACAGCCAGGAGGUGCAGAAACGCAAACAGAUGGAGCUGCGUCAGGAGGAGGAGCGGCGGAGGAGGGAGGAGGAGCUCCGGGCCCAUUCUGAGGAGCUGAUGAGGAGACAGCAGGGCCAGGGAGGCAACUUCUCUGAGAAGAGAGAUCCUGAUAUGAGGAUGCAUAUGGGAGGUCAGGGAAUGGGCAUGAACAGGAACCCGAUGGGUGGAAAUGCCUCAAACACAGGCUCUACCAACUUGACUUCUAAUGAGCAGGGAGCUUCUGGUAAUCCAGGUGGUCUUCCUCUUCCCUUCCCUCGUCCUGGACCUAAUGAUUUUGGCGCCAACAAACGCCGCAGAUUCUGAGACCACCGGCCAAACAUCUUUAGUUUUUUUCCUUCUUUUUUUUUUUUUUUAAUUUUUUUUACAUACUGUAAAAUAUUUUAAGUGCAAAUUGUGGUUUUGUAGAGCCUGAGAUGAAUUUGUGUAUUCAAAUCUUUUAAUCAGGUUUAAGUUUUAAGUUCCUCUGAUCUCCCAUCCCCUUUAACAUCUGAAGAGAUGUUUCCAGAAACUAAUUGAGCCCAGUUCUGGGGGAAAAACCCUCACGGUUAUGAUUUAUUACUAUAGAGAGUCUUCAUCUGUGAACAGGGAUUUACUUGUGCUUGGAAACAGCUCCAGGGUGGAUAUUUCAGCAUUGUAUAGCCCUAUUUUUGUCAUUUUUAUUAAUUUUCUCUCUUUUGUAUUUCACCCAGCAGUGACUUUUUCUAAAGUAGAAAUUAGCUAUUGUCCGUCUCUUGUCCUCUGCAAUGCUUGCCUUUCUAGACAACUUUAAAUAAAUUCAUAACUACAUGUUACACACAGUCAAGUGUUGCUCGUGGUGUUCUUGGAUUGAAAUUCAUUAUUUGGC